UGUUCUCCUCAGUUGUUUGUUUGCCAUCGAGAAGCGCACAAUGAAGCCUGUCCUGCUGUUUUGCCUGAUCCUAACCACCGCUCUGUUCCUGGGCCAAGGUCACGCGAAUCCCGUCGAGGUGGACAUUCCCGGCCCCGAUGCCAACGAAAUAGACAGCGAUUUGGACAGCGAUGAGGAGACUCCCGACAAGCCACUGCGUAUAGUUUCCAUCAAGGUCCGGCACAUCGAAGCGGAUGCCGCCCUCUGUGCCCAGCAAUCGCCCAAGCACCCACACCACCCACAAUGCCACAGCUACUGCAAGCGUCAAGGUCACUGGAUAGGCCAGUGCAAGAAGGAAACCUGCCACUGCUUCUCCUAGGU